UUGUCUCUCUCUGUGUGUACAUGUUGUUAAAUGGCAGAAGGCAGUUUUUCUCAGGACCAGUUCUGCUGUGCAGUGUGUUUGGAUCUAUUGAAGGAUCCAGUGACCAUUCCAUGUGGACACAGUUACUGUAUGAGCUGUAUUACAUGCUGCUGGAAUCGAGAGGAUCAGACGGGAGUCUACAGCUGCCCGCAGUGCAGACACACAUUCACUUCAAGACCUGCUUUAUGUAAGAAUGUGAUGUUUGCUGAACUAGUUGAGAACCUGAGGAAGACAACACUUAAGGCUGCCCGUCCUGUUCACUGUUACGGUGAACCUUUAGAUGUGGAGUGUGACGUCUGUACAGGAAGAAAAUCCAGAGCUGUCAAGUCCUGUCUGGAGUGUCUGAACUCAUACUGUCAAACUCACCUUGAACAACAUGAAAAUCUCUUUAAAGCCCGGAGACACAACCUGAUGAAUCUCUCCAGUCGACCCAAUGAGACGAUCUGCCUAAAACAUAGAAAAGAUCUGGAAGUCUACUGUCGCACCGACCAGCAAUGCAUUUGUUGUGUGUGUAUGAUGGAUGAACAUAAAGAUCAUGACACUAUAGCCGCUGCAGCUGAGAGGAUGCAGAAACAGAGAUGCUUAGGAGAGAUGCAAAGAAAAUUCCUGCAAAGUAUUCAAGAGAAAGAGGGUGAGCUUCAUGAGCUGAAAAAGGCCGUGGAGUCUCAUAAGCGCUCUGCACAGACAGCAGUGAAGGACAGUGAGAGGAUCUUCACAGAGCUGAUUCGUUCUAUUGAAAGACGUCGCUCUGAGGUGACACAGCUGAUCAGAGAUCAGGAAAAGGCUGCAGUGAGUCAAGCUGAAGGAUUCUUAAAUCAACUGGAUCAGGAGAUUGUUGAUCUGAAGAGGAGAAACGAUGAACUGCAACAGCUUUCACGCACAGACAAUCACAUCCAAUUCCUGCAGAGUUUCCAGUCUGUCUCUGCAGCUCUUGAACCUACAGACUCACACAACAUCACUGUCAGUCCUCUGCUCUCUUUUGAUUAUGUAAUAAAAUCUCUCUCUCAACUGAAAGAAAAACUGGAGAACUUCUGUAAAGACGAGAUAGAAAUGUUGUCGGAAAGAGAUACAAACAUCACAUGUAUUCAAAAUGAACCCAAGACCAGGAAGGACUUCUUGCAAUAUUCCACUCAGUUCACAAUGGAUUCAAGCACAGUGAAUAAACACCUCUGUUUGUCUGAUGGAAACAGAACCGCUACUUACACUCAUACAGAACAGCAGUAUCCUCGUCAUCCAGAUAGAUUUGAUUACUGGUUACAGGUGUUGUGUAAAGAGAGUGUCAGUGGACGCUCUUACUGGGAGGUUGAGUGGAGUGGAAAUGAUGGGGUGCAUAUGUCAGUGUCAUAUAAAAACAUCAGCAGGAAGGGAAAUGGUUAUGAAUGUGUGUUUGGAUGCAAUAAUCAGUCCUGGAGUUUGCUUUGCUCUCCCACUAAAUACUCAUUUGAGCACAACAGUAAAACGACUGAUCACCCUGUGUCAACCAGCAGCUCUAGAAUAGGAAUGCAUGUGGAUCACAGUGCAGGAACUCUGUCCUUCUACAGCGUCUCUGACACAAUGACACUCAUCCACAGAGUUCAGACCACAUUCACUCAACCUCUCUAUCCUGGGUUUUAUGUUGUCAAAGGAUGCAUGGUGAAACUGUGUCACCUGAUAAAAUAAAUCAUACAGAUAAUCUUUGAAUAAUAAUGAAUUCGGUGUUGCAAUAUAUUACAAUCUGAAACUACUGAUUUAAAAAAAUCAUUUUUUUUUAAUGUAAGAUUUAAUGUUUUCACUUAUUCAAAAAGACGCGUUUAAAUUAAAUAUUACAUUUUUUUUAUUUUGGUUAUUUCAUUGUAUCUCAGCUCUGUCCGGUAGCAUUACAAACAUGACGUGUGACUAAUAAUAAUGAUUUCUGUCAAAAAAUUAAAACCACCAGAUAUGGAGAUAUGAGGUUAGAAGGACAGCAGCGAUAAAUUACUAUAAAUAACCCAACGGUUGAUUCUGUCAUUUUUUACAAAACCAUCCAUGAAAACAACCCAGCAUUUUUAAGCAUUACGAUACAGUUUAAAGGACUAUAUGCUUAUAUUUAGUAACACUUAAGUUUUGGGCACAGAGAGGGUUUUGUUGUUGUUGUUUUGAGGAGUGUGCAGGAUUUUUACAGUCUGUACAGAAUAUUUUCAUGAUUGUUAUCAUUAUAGUUUUUGGAAGCUCCAAGCCACAGGAACAUCAACAUGAUGGCACAAGGAGAUAUACUCAAAGAAACCAUUGACACUUUUUGUGUGUGUUAAUUGGGUACAUUGUGUCUGAAAUAUUUUGU